CCUCUCUUUAGAGCGAGCUUAACCUGGUCGUCUGAAGGAAUUGCAGUAUUCUAUUAGCACAAGUGCACUCGCAGACUCAACAUCAUCGAAAUGGACGACGCCAAGUCGACGGACGACGACGAGUCCGCGUGGACGGCGUUCGACAUACUCCAGACCGUAGCGCUUUUUGGGGCUACUGGUUUGGCCGAAAUUGGCGGUGGUUGGCUCGUCUGGAAGGCAGUGCGGGAUUCCAGCAAGCCCUGGUGGUGGGCAGUUGUCGGUAGCGCUGUCCUGAUUAUCUACGGAUUCCUACCGACCCUUCAGACGAUCGACUCCUUCGGUCGUAUCUACGCUGUCUAUGGAGGAUUCUUUAUCAUUUUAUCCUUCCUAGCGGGAUGGCUUUUGGAUGGAGAUCGCCCGGAUAAGGGAGAUUGGAUUGGAGGCACUGUUGCGCUGGUCGGCGUGUCGCUUGUCUUGUUCUGGCCUCGAUGAUAUAAAAAAUAGGCGACUCUC